UCGCAAUUUGCGAACUUCGGCGUUCGUGACUCGACUCUAACAAGCUCCAUAAUAUUAUCGUAAGAAAAAGAUAAUAUGUUUACGCUCCAGUGACAAGCGCCGUGGUUAAAAACUAUAAGAAAUGGGCGAAGCGGACCGCGGUUCUGUCAGCAUAUCUCUCUCUCUCUCUCCUACUCAUACCUGUGUUCUUGACAGACGUUACGGCGGAACACCUUCCUCACGAUCGACCGUGGUAGCGGUCCGGUACGCCUAUCAGUAACAGCUUUUAGAACGACUAAGUAUAUUAAGUAAGGCUUUGUGGAGCGUUUUACAAAAGAGAAAAACCUAUAUCCAUCCCUUUUCAGGGGCCAUAAUACUAGCACAGCGAAAAGACAGUAAGAUUAUCUUAUCUCUGACUAUGCACGAAUGAGAAAAGAUCCUGGCCAAGCUAUAUAUUCAAUAUUAUCCUAAUAUCCCACAUACAUAUAACUCAUGGUCACCCUAAUUAGAAAGAGAUGCAUCGGCCGACCUUGACUUCUCAUGUGGACACACUUUUUGGCCAAUGUACACUCUCUGUAUUAUUUUCUAAGUCCGUGUAUGGUAAUGACACUAAUGACAGUUAUGAUUUUGACAAAAGAACGCGACAACGACAAGGGCAAACGAGCGUUACUCUUACUAUCUUGACAUAAUCUUGACGCAACCUUCACAACCUUAUGUUCUUGAAUCAUUAUGGUGCAUUUUCACCUGUAGAAUACGAUACCUACCACGUGGUUAAAACCUUAUUUUCUGCUCUGUUUACUGUGAGGUAUAUAUAUAUAAAAACAUUCCAAAAAUACAUUAUAUGUUACUAAAGGAUAUUAUUGUUACAUUGGUAAACUACCAGGUCGCCGUAUCUCGCGUUCGUUUUAUUACUAAAAUAAACAUGUCCUUAGAAAAAGCAAAACAAGUGGCAGCGUACAGGGCGGUAGAUGAGUUUGUGACGAAUAAUUCUGUCUUCGGCGUCGGCAGUGGAUCAACAGUUGUAUACGCCGUGCAGCGCCUCGCAGAACGAGUAGAGACUGAAAAGUUGAAGGUGACCUGUAUCCCUACAUCAUUCCAAGCCAAACAGCUUAUUCUUAAGCAUAACCUAUUCCUUGGAGAACUCGACACGAACCCUCGCAUUGAUGUUACUAUUGAUGGAGCAGACGAGGUGGAUGCCAACAUGACCUUGAUAAAAGGAGGGGGAGGUUGUUUGCUACAAGAGAAAAUUGUGGCUUCUUGUUCCAAAAAAAUGAUAGUCAUUGCUGAUUAUACUAAAGACUCUUCUAAACUUGGAGAUAGAUAUAAAAAAGGUAUCCCAGUAGAAGUUAUUCCUAUGGCUUAUGUUCCUAUUAGAAACAAAAUUGUGGAUCUGUAUGGAGGAGAAGUGAAAUUGCGCAUUGCUGUUGCAAAAGCAGGGCCUGUUGUGACUGAUAAUGGAAACUUCAUUCUAGACUGGAUGUUUACUAAUCAGGACUUGGACUGGGAUCAUGUCAACAAAACCAUCAAGAUGAUACCCGGAGUUGUUGAAACAGGGUUAUUUGUGAACAUGUGUCAGAAAGCUUACUUUGGACAACCCGAGGGGAAUGUUAUUGAGAGAUCUGCUGCAUAAAAUUUGAAUUGGUUUAACAUUUUAAUAUAGUACUUUCUGUUUCUGAGCAAGCACAUGGCUUGGCUAUAAUUAUAUAAGUUUUAAGUGUAGAGUUAAGAACAAAAUGAUGUAUGGCUUUAUCUAAAAAUGCAGUUAUGUUAUGGUGCAAAUGUAUAUAUUCUGCAUAAAUAUCAAAUUUAAUAUACUUUAUUUCUUA